AUGAACUUUUUCUUCAUAAUUUCUCCAUUUUUAUUGAUUCCUUAUUCAAUUUUGCAAAAUUAUGAAUCUGAAACUGAGAUAAGCAAUAAUUUCAUAGAAAGCAACAAAAGUUUCAAAGAUAAACUUAUAAGAGAUUCGAUUAUUCAAAUUUUGACAAAGUUCUCAUGUAUCACAACGUUUUUUGUUUAUCUGACAGUUUCGAACUAUCUUCAUGGAAAUAUCAAUUCGAUUCGUGAGUUAACUGAACCUUACUAAUUUUGAAAAUAAUAUUUCAGCGUAUAACUUCGUGUUCAAUGUUUUACUGAUUUGUGCAACGAUUCCUUGGACGAUUUUAUUUUUGAGAAAAAAUCAUGCCUAUUCAAAGUACAUGAAAAAUUUGUUCAUCUUCAGAAAGACUACCAACUCAAUUAGUUCCGUUAGACUUUUGUAUAUUUGAAAAUAAAUGUUUUUUUUUCAAAAUUUGGAACCUACACUAUUCCCAAACUGAAAGAGUUGAGCUAACUUACAGACUUGUUAGAGCAGAUUUUUUCCCAUUCUCAGGAUAAUGAUAAACCAAUACCUAUUUUUCAUUUUUUGCCACGUCAUAACUUUUGGUGAUCAAUGAGCAAUUAUCACAGGCGUGGCUCUUACAACUACAACACAUUGUUUAACGCCUUUUGUUGAGUGUGUUUUGAUAAACACGCCCAAUUUAGAAACAAGAUAACAAGAAUGUUUGAAGGUCCAAUUCCAUUAAAAAAUCGGCAUAUUUAUCAAUGAUAAAAAGAAAUAGAUACUUUCCAUUUAUUCUAUUAAUAGUUCUCAUUCUAUUUAUAAUUAAUAUUUAUUUUGAAACGAAUGUUACUUCUUCGAAGGAAGUGAAAAGUUCAAAAAAUAUUUUGCAAAAAAUUGCGAUUGUAAUUGUUGUUGAGAAAAAAACAAAACGAGAAGCUUAUCAAAUAGCAACCGACACUGUUGAAUGUUAUGCAAAAAUUCAAAAUUAUGAAUUUAUAUUUCUGAAUGAAUCUAAUCAUAAAGAUGACUGUAAUCAGACACAUGUAAGUUCAUUCAUUUUUUUUUAGAGAUCUCUCCUAACUAAUUUCAGCAUUUUUUUCGUCGUCAUUGCGUUGUGGCGAAAAUUCUACCGAAUUACGAUGCAAUUUUAUUUAUAGACGCUGAUGUUGGAGUUGUGAAUCCAAAUCGGAGAAUUGAAGAAUAUAUGGAUGAUUCGAAAGAUAUUAUAUUUUAUGAUAGGUUUUAUAAUUGGGAAGUUGCUCUCGGUUCAUAUAUUGUUAGAAAUACAAACUAUGCUGUGGAUUCUCUUAUGUCAUUUGCAAAUUAUAAUUUCAAACUUCCCAAAAGUUUUCAUGGAACUGACAAUGGAAUUCUUCAUCUUUUCUUAGCUCAACUAUUAUUUCCUCAAUCAAAAAUAGAAAUUGAAAAUUGUCAAAAAAUCUACAAUAAAUCGCGAAAUUAUAAAGACCUUUUCACAUUUGAAGCAUGCAUCCGAACAAUUUUGGGAACUUCAACCGAUUUUGGAAAAGUUCGAAUAAUGCAUAAAGGAACUGCUUGGAUUCGCGAUAAUUGGUUGAGUAAUUCAAAAUGGAGUCGAGAAAAUGAUUUUAUGCUUCAUGGAUGGAAAACAAAACAACUUCGAAAAACUCCAGACAAAAUUGGAACAGUUGAAGGAAGUCGGGGAAAAUGGUUCAAUCCGUUGAUCGGAAAUAUUGAUUUAACAAAAUGUCGACCGAAUAAUUCAACAUGGAAUUAUGAUUUAAAAUUGAUUGGAAAUGUUUCGGAAAUUUUAGAAAAUCAUCGAAAAAUUGAAACUAAAAUCAGCAUGAACUUUGUUAAAUCUCUUUCGCGAAUGAUAGAAGUUAUUGAAGGAGUGAAGAAAAACACAACUGGAUGA